AUGGAUGAGAUAAAUGGGAAUCGGAUAGAAGGAGUUGAUGAUGUCCCUCUUCUUUCAUGGCGGGGAUCUCGUCCUCGUAUCAACUUCUCUGAUUUUUGUGCCCAAGAAAAGAGAAAGUAUCAGAAGGUUCGUGUGAGGCAUAUGGUUUUCAAGCCAAUGGAGGAUAGAUAUCCGAAGUGGAAAGAUGAUAAAGUGUUUACUGACCUAGAUAACAUGAUUGAAGACAUCCUCAAUGAUCAGCUUGAUGAAAAUUUUUGGGAAGUAAUGGCUGAUUCCAGGUCCAGGAAGAGAAAAAGUCAUGUGAGCCCACCCUUGGUUCCAGAUACCAAUGAUGUUAGUCCUUCUACUAAGCGAAAGAAGGUCGAAGAACAUGUUGAUAGAUGUCACACAUCAGAAACGGUUGAAGCUCACAACAUGGCUAUCAUUGGACUUGUCGACCUACAAGCUAAGGUUGAUGCUAGGAUUGGUUUAUAUGAGACUGAGUCAAAGAAGAAGAUUGCCAUGUUGGAAGAAGAAUUAAAGAAUCUUAAACAACAGCAUGGAGUACACAUUCCUACCGAAGUGGCUAAGUCCAAUGGUGUCAAUUCCUUUGCCCAAGAAGAGGAUGAUGCUUCUAGCAAUGCAUUGUCAUGGAUGCUUGAGAAGAAGAUCAAUUCACAAGAUGGUUUACCAAUUCAGUGUGUUGUGAAAAAGGAGAAACAAGAGAAGAAGACGAUCGAGAAACAAGAGUAUUGGGAGCAACAUUUGCAGUGGAAGAAAAGUGAAAAGUGUAGACUAGCGUUAGAUGCAUUUGCUUUAAAUGUGGAGGAGUCUACACAUAAACAAAAACCCAAGUUGACGAAGACUCAAGUAUGGCCGUACGAAGGGAAUUCAACUGUCAAGCGUAUAAUCCCUGGUGCAUGUCGAAGGGAAUUCUAUCUAAGGUCUCCUACGACCCAUUAG